AUGUUACAGGUGACUUUUUCCCUCUGUUUGCUCUGUUUGGUCAGUGGUGCACAAUAUUUACCCCCGUUUUUACGUGGUUUUGGACAACCAAACAUCCAAAUUCUACGUUUUGAUAACAGCAACAACGGUGAUGGAACUUACAAUUACGCCUACUCUACUGCUAAUGGAAUUUCGGCUCAAGAACAAGGAUUUUUGAAAAAUGUUGGGUCAGCUAAUGAGGCCGAAGUUGCACAAGGGUCGUACUCAUACACCGCCCCAAAUGGUCAACAAAUUUCAGUGACUUAUACAGCGGACGAAAAUGGGUUUCAUCCUCAGGGGGCUCAUCUUCCAACGCCGCCACCGAUUCCAGAUGCUAUUUUAAGGUCGAUACAAUUCAAUAGGGCGCAAGGGGGCUAUGAUGAUGGGCAGUAUCGCCCCCAGAGUGGCUUUACGGCGUCGGGGUUUUAUAAUCAAGGUUAUCGAUACUAG